CGCGCCGCCAUCGGCGACGCCCUGGACGCGGCCAGCCGCCGGCUGCAGGCCGUGCACCGUUUCAUCGCCGACGCGGCCGCCUUCCUGCCCGCCUACGAGCUGCGGCGCGCGCAGCAACGCGCCAACGAACUGCAGGAGCACGUGCGACAGCGCCAAGACGAGUUGGUACCGCGCCAGCGGUUCGGUUUCCGCGGCAAGCGCGCGGCCCGCGCCCAGCCAGCGGAGGUGACGACGCAGCCGAAGGCGACCCCGGCGCCGGCCGCGCCGCCGCCGCCGCCGGCCGAUGAGUGCGGCUUCCGUGACCGGUCGGACGCGCCGCUGCAGCUGCGCGGCGCCGCCGUCACGGGCCGUGACGUGACGCUGACGUGCCUGACGCGGUGCCGCGUGCGCGUGACGGGCGCGCCGGCUACCGUGCACCUGUCGCACCUGCGCGACUGCCGGCUGCUGCUCGGCCCGGUGGCGACGUCCGUGUUCUUGGAGGACUGCCGCGGCUGCACGCUGGCCGUCGCCUGCCAGCAGCUGCGCGCGCACACCAGCGCCGACUGCGACAUCUACCUGCACGUGACGAGCCGCGCCGUGGUGGAGCACUGCGAGCGGCUGCGUUUUGCCCCGUACAGCCUCGGCGGCGAGGACGUGCGCGCGGACUGGGCCACCACCGGUCUGAGCGCCGACAGAAACAGCUGGAAUGACGUGGACGACUUCAACUGGCUCUCCAAGGCGCAGCGGUCGCCCAACUGGAGCAUCCUCCCUGAGGAGGAGCGCCUCACCAGCUGGGAGGACGGCGAGGAGGACCUGAGUAAGGCGUAGGGCGCCUAGGAGAUAAUGCUAAAGAGAACGUGCGCUAAUUCCGAAUCACAUCGUGGUGUGUCGUCCUGUUCUUUAGCGUUAAUCGGC